GCUGAAUGAAUCUGCCCGCAAUUGUAGCCAUUAUUAGCGAGUAGUGACUAGCAUUCCUCGGUUUCCCACGACCCGAGGAGCAUAAAGCGAAUGCCAUGGUGGACAUCUCGCUAUCCAGAGAGGUUUAGAUCGGCGGAGGAUAAUCAGAUCGCCAGCGAAGAAGAAGGAGAAGAAGAAGGAGGAGGAGGAGGAGGAGGAGGAGGAGGAGAAGAAGAAGGGGGAGGAGAAGGAGGAGGAGAAGAAGAAGAAGCAGAAGAAGAAGCAGAAGAAGCAGAGGAAGAAGGAGGAGGAGGAGGAGGAGGAGGAGAAGGAAGAGGAGAAGAGGACGAAAGGAGGAGAAUGGCCUACGAGAAACUGGGUAUGGAAAAUCGCAGAGAUCCUGGAGGAUCAGAGGAGAUGGAGAACAUGGAAGAAGAGAAAGAAGAGGACAGGAGAUGCGUUCGCCGGAAGGUGUCUGCCAUUUGCAUGCCGCUCGUCGUUAUGAGGAGAUUGCCUCUGCUGGUACUCGUUGUCGUCAUGUUCCUGAUUGUCAUCUUCCUCCACGUGUGUUUGUCGUGGCGGGCGUGGAAACAACAUCGCAAGAGGAGGGCGUCAACGGAACGGGCGGCAGGGGAACGUUCGAUGGCGGGCAUGCAGGCACGCGCAGCAGGGUCGCCGCUCUUCGGCGGUGGGCGAUCGUCGAUGGCCAACCGCACAACGCCGACCCAAGCAGACGCAAGGGAUGAGCCCGCUUGCAGAACACCGGUGCGUCCUGGACCGACUGUCGAGAACAUCACACACGGAGUGUCCAACAUGCGGGCACACAGCGAUGGCGGCGACGACGGCACCGACGGUGGUGACGAUGCCGACGAAGGAUUGAGGGCGGACGUGGAAGCAGGGGACGACAACGAAGACAUUCAAAUUCGGCCAUUGGGGAAGAUGGCUGGGAGGGCGAAAGGACGCAGCAGAGGUGUUCGUGGUCGAUCCGUUGGCCGUGGCGGCAGAGGAGGCGUAAGCGACGACGACGGGAAGUCUGCGACGUACUGGUCUACGGAAGACCAACUGCUCCUAGUGAGAUGCAAGCAGGAGCAAGACAUGCACCUCGCCGGGCUGGCUCACAAUUACGGGCGGAUGAAGACGAAAGACUGGAAGUGGGAGGACAUUGCGAAGCGGAUGGCGAACGCGGGGAGGCCUAAAGACGCCGACGAGUGCAUGAAAAAGUGGGACAAUCUGUUCCAGAACUACAAGAAGAUACAGAGGUUUCAGAAUGCCAGCGGCGGGGCAGAUUUCUUCAGGCUGUCAAAUGAAGAGGAAGGAGAACAACUUCAAGUUCCGGACGGACAAGGUGCUGUACAACGAGAUCCAUGGAGGCAUGCCGGGGAACCACACAAUUUUCCCUCCCAACGUCGCCGACACCGGCAGUCCGGACCGGGUGCAGCUGCCGAGGCGAGGAGCGGCUGGCGGGGAGUCUGUGGGCAGGGAUACACUCUCGCCUUCCAGUACGUCCUGGAAUCAGUGGCCACCGACUUAGCACGCGCAAUGUGGCAUGGGGAGGAGUGGAGCAACGUCGUCACCCCUGCAGUUUGUGCGCACACACUGGAGCUUGGGAUGGACCUGCCUCUAUGGUACGCAGGUGCGCACAUUGAAGACAGGCCAAAGGACGAGGACAUGGCAGCUUACCAGGAGGCGACUGUCAUGCGACUGAUCGCCGCCUUCAGCACGACGGUUGAAACGGGCCAGUCAAUCGACGGUGGAUGCAUCACUCACGAACGUCUGUGGCGAGUGGCUGAAAGCUUCAAGAUCCUCUUGGCGGCAUCGAUGUGGAUAAUGAGAAUGUCGGGAGAUGACCAAAGGUCCCACUAUGAAGCAUUUUACUUCAGCAACCUCGUCCCGAAGCCCUUCUUACUUGCGUCCAUGCACCGGGCCUUCGAUCAUCGACAUCACAUCUUGGCGGCGGCGAACGCCGUAACCGACCGACUGGGGAAGGCGCAGGUGACCUUGGGUCGACGAUGCCGAACCUGGGCAGCUCGUGAUGAUGAUGACAACGACGACGAUGAUGAUGAUGAUGAUGAUGAUGAUGACAACGAUGAUGAUGACGAUGAUGACGACGGUGAUGAUGAUGAUGAUGAUGAUGACGAGGAUGAUAAUGAUGAUGACGAUGAUGACGACCAUCAUGGUGAGAAGUGUCGUGAUGAUGACAACGAUGAUUACGCGGAUUGGGCGAAACUAUGGCCGACCUGGUUGUUCCAUGUUCCUCUUUCGCGCGAGUGCGGCAGUGUUCACCAUUGUCUGAUUGCGGCCAUGAGUGUUGUCACGUGGCAUAUAACGAAUGUACGAACAUCGGAAGCCAUGCACGACCUUGCAAUGAGCUACCAACGCCAGCUCUUUCGACGUUCAACCGAUGAGUUCACAAGAUCAUUUCAAAGAAAGGUUCGCUUGUUGAAUAUAUUCUUGACUCUUGUGCAAACAGAUGCAAUAUUGAUGCCAAAUCAGAGCUUCGCGAUGUUUCUAAGGAAGGUACAGGCAACUAGUUGGAAUAUCCUGAAGCUUUCUCCUGAGCUCCUUAGCAUUGGGAUGCAGAGUAUGGAUGGACCUGGAUAUCUUCAUCGGCGUGAGGAGAUUAUCCCGACUUAUGGCGCUGCUAGUUCUGUGUCAUCACAAACAGAAGCCUCAGGCAUUGACACUAAUGGGUCCACCGGAUUGGGUUAUAUGGACAAUAUGGGACCUGAAAAGUGGCAGGUCCUAUCCUGCCUACUCUACAAUGCCGCUGAUGACGUGAACAGCUCCCCGAAGUACGAGCAGAUCUCGGCCAAUGCCGCACGCUUCAAGCACCAGUGCAUGACACUGCUCACUCGAUCACAGACCAAGGCAAUGGACCGAAAGGUGGGAGAAUCCCUCCUGGCCUAUGAGGAACGCCUGGCGGCAUUCAUUCAAAAGGCCAACGAUAGGGCCGCUGCCGCGGCCAAGGAACGUAAUCGGCUCGAACAAGAGGAGGAGGCCAAGCGACAGAAGGAGGAACAGGACCGACUUCGUCAAGAAGAGGCAGACCUGCAGGCGGCAGCCGAACACCGGUCACGCCAUCGGGAACGACUGUUCACGCGGGAGACCGUGAUCGGCGAUGAGGCCGCACAUUGGGUGGAAGUGACAUCUGCAGAUGGGGCCCCGGAGACUGAGAAAGGGCUGUCAGCCCUUGCGCAGGUCUCCCACGACCUCGUGGCCACCUGCGCUCUGCAGCAGGAGGAAAUUCUUCACCUGCAGCAGACAGUGGACCAGAUGCUCGCACGGCUGCAGGCGUUGGAGAAACAGCCAGCUGCUGUAGCAGCCGCAGGGCCUUCCACCCUUGCCACCCGUGUGCAAGUUUUGGAGGAUGAUGUCAGCAACAUCAAGCGUGUCCAGGCUGCUGCCAUCGUGACGCCCGCCGCCGCAUCCUCCCGGCGCCCACCCAAGUUGGAUGACAUUCCCGUCUUCUGCGAUCAGUCCAAGACGGAACCGAUCCCGUGGUGGCGCCAGUUUACUCUCAGGCUCGACAUGUACCAUGUCCCGAACAACGAUCGACAUCCGUGCUUGUACCACCGAUCUGGUGGUGCGUGUCAAGCAUGGCUGGACAACAUCUUGACCAGCCACGGCGUAGCAGUGUCGGAACUGCACACCAAGCUCACUUGGCAGGAGUUGACCGACGCCUGGCACAAGCGAUUCCAAGUGGAGCCGCCCGACCUGCAAGCGAUGGACAAGCUCAACAAGCUCCAUCAGAACACGCUGCUCAGUCAGGACUGGAUUACCGAGUUCCAAGGACUCGCCUCCACACCUGACCUGCCGCUCGCAUUCCGCGCCAUCAAGCACUUGUUUAUCAUGCGCUCGUGUCCAGCUCUGCAAAACGCGCUGACGCAGAUUGCAGAGACACUCGACACAUCUGACAAGCUUUUCAGCACAGCGUCACGGAUCAUUCUCACGAAUAUCGAACCCCACAACGCCGGCCGAUCUUUCGUGACGACGAACGGCACCCAGCCCAAGCCAAAGGUGGCUUGCAUUACUUCUACCGAGGCUGCAACACCAAACGAGGGUGAAGUGUUGGCAGCUGCCCGGGAUGACGAAGUCGCGGUGGGGGACAUGCUUGGCUACGUUGCCAAGGUGGCCCACGAGUUUGUCUCGCAAUGGUACGAAGAAAACAACGCACCGUUGCUCUACGUUCGCAUUCAGAUUGGGCAAAGGGGCUGCAACGCUUUGCUAGAUUGCGGCGCAACUCGCAACUUCAUCAGCCAGUCCUUCAUGACUCGGGCUGGCCUUGGCGCACAAGUACGGAGGAAGUCACAUCCGACGACGGUCGCUCUUGCCGACGGUAAGACGAAACAGCUUUUAGACCGUUACAUCUCGGCUGUCCCGGUGUACUUUGCACCGCACGCAUGUGAACCCGUCACUUUCGACGUGUUGGACACCGACUUCGAUGUCAUUUUGGGGAUGCCUUGGCUUUCUAGCGCGGAUUACACGGUCAAUUUCCAUCGACGCACGCUCACGAUUCGUGAUGCAACUGGCGCCGAGGUCCCGUACAAGUUCUCGGAUGUUUUUGAGACACCCUCCGGUAUAGUGCCGGACCGGCCAAUCUCUCACGAGAUCAUACUUGAGGCCGGCGCCGUGCCACCGAAAGGAUGCAUUUAUCGCAUGUCCGAGGAGGAGCUCACGGUUCUCCGUGCGCAAUUCGACGAUCUACUCGACAAGGGUUGGAUCCGCCCUAGCAGCUCACCUUACGGUGCGCCCGUUCUCUUCGUUCGGAAGAAGAACAAGGACCUUCGACUUUAUAUUGACUACCGACGCCUCAACGCGCAAACCAUCAAGAACGCGGGGCCUCUACCUCGCAUUGACGAUUUGCUUGAGCGGUUGAGCGGCGCAAAGUACUUUUCGAAGUUGGACCUCAAGUCGGGCUACCAUCAGAUUUCCAUCCGCCCGCAAGAUCGGUACAAAACCGCGUUUAAGACGCGCUAUGGGCAUUUUGAGUGGGUAGUUAUGCCUUUUGGCCUCACCAAUGCCCCGGCCACCUUUCAGGCGACCAUGACCACCGAGUUUCGCGCUAUGUUGGACCGCUUCGUUUUGGUCUACUUAGACGACAUCCUCGUCUGUAGCCGAACUCUAGAGGAGCAUCUCGAGCACCUUCGCCGUGUUCUAGAGACUCUUCGGUCAGCCCGGUACAAAGCUAACCGCGACAAAUGCGAGUUUGUCCGGCAAGAGCUUGAAUACUUGGGUCAUUUUGUCUCUCCGGAAGGCAUUCGUCCGUUGGCGGACAAGAUUCAAGCCAUCCAGGAGUGGCCUGAGCCGAAGAAUGUGACGGACGUCCGAUCCUUCCUCGGCUUGGCCGGUUAUUAUCAGCGCUUCAUCAAGGGUUACUCGAAGAUCGCGGCCAACCUAAGCAAGUUACAAAGCGAGGAGCGGCCUUUUGACUUCGACGACGACGCGCGCCAUUCUUUUCAGACACUCAAAGCGGCACUCUUGUCCGCCGAGGUGUUACAUAUUUACGACCCGCUUCUAGCUACGCGCGUCACUACCGAUGCGUCGGGCUAUGGCAUUGGGGUUGUCCUUGAGCAGCACGAUGGCACGGACUGGCACCCGGUCGAGUACUUUAGCAAGAAAGUACCUCCCGUGCAUUCGAUCGACGACGCACGGAAGAAGGAGCUUCUUGCCUUCGUCCACGCCCUCAAGCGUUGGCGACAUUUCCUCCUUGGUCGGAAAGCAUUCCGAUGGGUAACGGAUAACAAUCCAUUGGUAUUCUACAAGUCGCAAGACACGAUUAACAGUACCAUUGCCCGUUGGAUGGCCUUCAUUGACCAGUUUGACUUUUUCCCCGAUCACAUUCCCGGGAAGUCAAACCGUUUUGUGGACGCCCUCUCACGACGACCGGAUCUUUGCACCGCAGUCUACUCUACCUUCGAGAUCGACGUCGACUUGCGGGAGAGCUUCAUCCGCGGCUAUCAAGCCGACCCCCACUUUCGCGACAAGUACGCGAAUUGCUCCUCUCCGAAUCCAGUGCCUUCGCAUUAUCGGAUCCAAGAGGGCUACUUAUUUGUGCAUUCACGGGCAAGGCCGGUAAUCUGUCUGGGAGUUGGUUUCAAGAGGAGGACAGGAGAGAUGGCUGUGGCAGUUCUAAGAGAAACCCUGGCAACCCUCAGCAGCUUCAUCGACCAGUAUGACCUCGAAGGAGGGAGGAUGUUUGUUAUCGAUGUUGGCGGAAGACUUGUUGCGACACAGGGUGGGAAUACCUAUCGCGUUGACCCUGACACCAAUACAGUCAUACAUUUCAAAGGAACUGAAUCGCCGGAUGAGCUGGUCCGGGAAGGUGCACGAUAUGUGGAGAAGCGCUACAAAAGGCAAUAUCUGCUCGAGAAUUGCACAUCAUCAAUCGAUGUCAAGAUAAAGGGGAACAAAUACUAUAUUCAUACCCGGCCGUUCCGCUUUAACAAUUUGAGGCUCACAGCAAUUAUUAUGCAACCUCGCGCCGCCAUCCUAGGAGCUGUGGAUCGCAACCGGUAUAUGACAAUCAUUGCCCCCAUUGUCAUGGCUGUGGGCGGUCUGGGCUUCAGUUGCCUACUCAUCUCCCUCUUUGCGGGGAUUAAACUAUCACAUUUGCAGUUGAGAAUGAGGCUCGCCAAGGAGUUGGUCGCGAAACAAAAGGUGGAGGCAGAAAACGAAGCGAAGACAACCUUCCUUUCAAACAUGAGUCAUGAGCUGCGCACUCCUGUGGCCUGCAUCAUUGGAAUGCUGGAACUACUGCAAGCUGAUGCACUGACUGAAGAUCAGAGAAGCGGAGUUGAACAGAUAAACUCAUGUGCCGUGCGCCUUCUACAAAUUCUCAAUUCUAUCCUUGACAUCGCCAAGGAAGAGAAGGGAAAACUUGUGCUUGAGAAUGAGAAGUUUAAUCUGUGGAAGGACCUGGAAUCGCUGGUUGACAUGUUUGCUGUCAAAUGCGAAAGCAAAGGCCUUGAGAUCUCACUAGAGCUUGCAGAUGAUGUUCCGGAGAUAGUCAGGGGAGACCAGGCCCGUGUUCUUCAGAUCUUCACAAAUCUGGUUGGGAAUGCUGUCAAGUUUACAUCUUCGGGGUAUGUUGUUGUCCGCGGCUGGGUUCAUAACGUGAAGCGGUCACGUGUUGACGUGAAGGUGGCUAACAAGGGUCGUCACAAGGUCACGCACGCAGACGACCAUGCCCUUACUACGGGGACGGAUUAUCAGCCUGGCUGCCUGUGCGAGCAGUUUUCGUGGUCUGAGAUGUUUCGCUGCUCGCAAAGACACCUCUUCUCGGCAGUUCGGCGCCUCUUCAAAUAUUUUGUCUCGAGGCUGAAGCGCAAAGUUCAGUCUGUCAUGAUGUGCAUCCACAAAGAUGGUCCGGGCGAUGCGGACCUCGGAUCAGACCAUUCGACCAAGGAACACAGACAAGACCACAAGGGUACAGCGGAGGGUACUGGCCCUUAUACUGUCGUACUUGUUUUUGAGGUAGAAGAUACAGGACCGGGGAUACCCUUGGAGAUGAGGGAGAAGAUAUUCGAGGACUUCGUUCAAGGAGAUGCAUCAACGACAAGAAGAGCGACCCAUCUGACGACAGGCAAACAGCAGGACACAGCCAAUGCUAUGGGCUGACAUUUGUGUGAUGAUAAAACAAAAAAAAAAAAAGAAAGCAAAAGUCAGUGUCAAUGAAUAACAAGGAAGCCG